AUGGCUCCGUUUGAAGAUAUGUAUGGUAGAAGGUGUAGGACGCCUUUGUGUUGGUAUGAAUCUGGAGAGAGUAUUGUGGUUGUACUUGAGAUAGUUCAACAAACUACUGAUAAGAUUAAAAUGAUUAGAGAAAAGAUCAAGGUUUCUCAGAGUCGUCAGAAGAGUUACCAUGACAAGAGAAAGAAAGCACUUGAGUUUGAGGUAGCUGAUCAUGUGUUUUUAAGAGUUACUCUAGUAACAAGUGUUGGUAGAGCAUUGAAGUCGCGUAAGUUGACGCCGUAUUUUAUUGGUCCGUAUCAGAUUUCCGAGAAAGAAGGUGAUGUGGCUUAUCGGAUUACAUUGUCGUCGUCACUUGCUAAUCUCCAUGAUGUGUUUCAUGUGUCUCAAUUGAGGAGAUACAUUGCGGAUCCUUUGCAUGUUGUCCAAUUAGAUGAUGUUGAGGUUAGAGAUAAUUUGACCGUGGAGACAUUACCUAUGCAGAUAAAAGAUAGAGAGGUGAAACAACUCCGUGGUAAAAAGAUCGCUUUGGUGAAAGUCGUUUGGGGAGGACCGGCUGGUGGAAAUUUGAUGUGGGAGCUUAAGAGUCAGAUGAGGGAUUCAUAUCCCGAGUUGUUUGCUUGA